UAUGCCUGUGGCUCUGCUGACCCCACUGCACUGUCACCUUUUUGCCAACAGUCCUGAGGACAUUGCUGGGUUCCGGGGCCCCACGGCCACAGCCAUGUUUCGCAGGAAGCGCAGUGUCUCCUUUGGGGGCUUUGGAUGGAUCGACAAGACCAUGCUGGCGAGCCUGAAGGUCAAGAAGCAGGAGCUGGCCAACAGCUCGGAUGUGACCUUCCCAGACCGGCCGCUGUCCCCUCCUCUCACUGCGCCUCCCACCAUGAAGUCUGCGGAGUUCUUUGAGAUGCUGGAGAAAAUGCAGGGGAUCAAGCUUGAAGAGCAGAAGCCGGGACCCCAGAAGAACAAGGAUGACUAUAUCCCAUAUCCCAGCAUUGAUGAGGUUGUGGAGAAGGGAGGCCCGUACCCCCUGAUUGUCCUGCCCCAGUUUGGGGGCUAUUGGAUCGAAGACCCAGAGAACGUGGGGACACCGACCUCCCUUGGCAGCAGCAUCUGUGAGGAGGAGGAAGAGGACAGUCUCAGCCCCAGCACAUUUGGCUAUAAGCUCGAGUGCAAGGGCGAAGCCAGGGCCUACCGCAGGCACUUCCUAGGGAAGGAUCACCUAAACUUUUACUGUACUGGCAGCAGCUUGGGGAACUUGCUCCUGUCCGUCAAGUAUGAGGAGGCAGAGGGCAUUGAGUACCUUCGGAUCAUUCUCAGGUCCAAAGUGAAGACUGUGCAUGAGCGGAUCCCCUUGGCUGGCCUGAGCAAGUUGCCCAGCGUCCCUCAGAUUGCAAAGGCUUUCUGUGAUGAUGCAGUGGGGCUGAAAUUCAACGCUGUCCUGUACCCCAAGGCCUCCCAAAUGAUUGUGUCCUAUGAUGAGCACGAUGUCAACAACACAUUCAAAUUUGGGGUCAUUUAUCAAAAAGCCAGGCAGACCCUGGAGGAGGAGCUAUUUGGGAACAAUGAGGAGAGCCCAGCUUUCAAGGAGUUCUUGGACCUGCUGGGGGACACGAUCACACUGCAGGACUUCAAAGGUUUCCGAGGCGGCCUGGAUGUGACCCACGGACAGACGGGGGUGGAAUCGGUAUACACGAUAUUCCGGGACAGGGAGAUCAUGUUUCACGUCUCCACAAAGCUGCCGUUUACUGAGGGAGACGCCCAGCAGCUCCAGAGAAAGAGACACAUUGGGAAUGACAUUGUGGCCAUCAUCUUCCAAGAAGAAAACACACCGUUUGUCCCAGAUAUGAUUGCCUCCAACUUCUUACAUGCCUACAUUGUUGUGCAGGUCGAGAAUCCGGGCACAGAGACCCCAUCCUACAAGGUGUCAGUCACCGCACGGGAAGAUGUGCCCGCCUUUGGCCCACCUCUGCCCAGCCCUCCUGUUUUCCAGAAGGGCCCGGAGUUCAGGGAGUUUCUGCUCACCAAGCUCACCAACGCAGAGAACGCUUGCUGCAAGUCGGACAAGUUUGCAAAACUGGAGGACCGGACGAGGGCCGCCCUUCUGGACAACCUUCAUGAUGAGCUUCACACCCACACACAGGCCAUGCUGGGACUGGGCCCAGAAGAGGACAAGUUUGAGAAUGGGGGCCAUGGGGGAUUCUUGGAGUCUUUUAAGAGAGCCAUCCGUGUGCGUAGCCACUCCAUGGAGACCAUGGUGAGCAGCCAGAAGAAGCAGCACAGUGGGGGCAUCCCUGGCAGCCUCAGUGGGGGCAUCUCCCACAACAGCAUGGAUGUCACCAAGACCACCUUCUCGCCUCCAGUGGCGGUGGCAGCAGCCGUGAAAAACCAGUCGCGGAGCCCCAUCAAGCGGCGGUCGGGACUCUUCCCCCGUCUACACACAGGCGCUGAAGGCCAAGGCGACGGCCGGACACGAUGUGACAGUGCAUCCAGCAACCCCAAGACCCCGGAUGGUGCACACUCUUCUCAAGAGAUAAAGUCUGAGGCCUCAUCCAAUCCCAGCUCUCCGGAAAUCUGCCCCAACAAGGAGAAGCCCUUCAUAAAGUUGAAGGAGAACGGCCGAGCCAACAUCUCCCGCUCCUCCUCCAGCACCAGCAGCUUCAGCAGCACGGCGGGGGAGGGCGAGGCUAUGGAGGAGUGUGACAGCGGGAGCAGCCAGCCGUCCACAACCUCACCCUUCAAGCAGGAGGUGUUUGUGUACAGCCCGUCCCCGAGCAGCGAAAGCCCCAGCCUGGGGGCGGCCGCCACCCCCAUCAUCAUGAGCCGGAGUCCUACAGAUACCAAAAGCAGAAACUCCCCGAGGUCAAACCUGAAAUUCCGCUUUGAUAAGCUCAGCCAUGCCAGCUCUAGUGCGGGUCACUAAUGUGAAAGAGGAUUCCUUCGCUUGUCAAAGGGAAGCCCCGAUUCUGUCUUGGAGAAGGCUCCUGUUCCAGCAGUUUGGGGGUGCCAUCCACUACUCUGACCGUCACAGUCCUGCUGCCCCACUGACCACCUGCCCACCAGACCAGUUAGCUGUCCCAGUGUCCCGAUCUGGCCACCGUCCUGCCUGUCCCCUUGCCGAGGCACCCUGCAAGCACUUCCCCUUCUCCGGACAAGGCCUCGUUCCUCCGGGCUCCCCCUGCGCCUGACUGCCCCAUGUGAUGUGUGUCUGGGUCCUUCGUCAUCUUGUUUUGUCCGUAGAGGAAAGAGUCGGGCAAGGGAGGGAAUGUGGGUCCUAGGGACUUGGUCACACAGACAGGAGAGGCAGAGAGGGUGGUGAGGUGGGGGGCGGAGGCCACCGGUGGGAAGCCGCACCCGGAGAGGGGCAGCACUGGAUGUGACAGGUGCAGUGAAUACACGUAGUCGUGGUGGAGGGACCACUUUCCCGGGAACAGAGAUUUGUAGCAGCCCUCCAAGGUGUCCUGAUCGAAACCAGCUGUGUUGCCCCCACAACCGUGUGCUUCUGUGCUAGAAACUUCUUCCUUGCCCACUUGCUGACAUCAGGCCCGGCGCUGCCUCUGUCCCUGCUGCUGUCAGCUGACCGAGACUGAGCUGGGCGUGUGUGAGGUGGCGCUGUGCUCUUCCUCAGCGGCAGCCCGGUGGCCGUUGCUGUGGGAGAAGCCCCGUGCCUAUGUCUCCGCUCGGGGCAGGUGUUUUCCCCAAGAAGGGGCAGGCAGCCCGGAGCGGGAAGGAAUUCGGGGAGAGCAAGCUGGCAAGUCGCGCUCUGGGGCCUCGGCUGCGGGGGACCUUGGGGCCGCGGGCUGGGCUGGGUCUCUGCUGGCUGUAGAGGCUCGUGGAAGAGUUACUUCAGCCCACCGCCUGGGGCAGAGCCGGGGAGGCGACAUGGGGCACGAGCUGUUAGGCUUGGCCAGGCCCGGGUGUGGGCACAGAAUGUAGGUGUGAGGGAAGGGGCGACGUCCUUCUGCAGCUUGUCCUCCUGGCAUCUGCGGGGGGCCCAGGGCUACCUUGGGGGCUCUUCCCAGCUGCUGUGCCCUCUGGCCAUGUUGGCGCUUGGUCCCCCAAUCUUCUUCUUCAGUCACGACUCUGCAGGCAGUGGUCCCGUUGGUGAGAUUUGUACCACCUGGGCCCCGGCGGGGUGCACUUCAGACGCUGUCUGCCCCCUGCCCGCUCGGGCGGAGCCAGCCCACUCUCAGGAGCGGCCCCAUAUUCGUGCUUCUUGCCCUUCCCUGUCUGCGGUGCGAAAGGUCGUUUCCGCUGACUGGCCCUGCUGGGGGUUAAGGCGGGUGUGAAGUAAAAUGAGUAAAACAUGGAGUCUGAGGAGCAGAGCCUCGGAGGUGCUACGGCUUCAAGUGCACGUUGGGACACAGGACAGCCAGGGCGACUCAGGAUGGCUUCCUGCUUCAAUGAGCAGACGACAAGGAUUUCUACCAGAUGUUUUCUUUGCGGUGGGAUCUGGGCCUAUUCCCAAGUCAAAGCAGCCCCAAGUCAAUGUUCUACUUGUUUUUGACCGAUGCCACAAUUCCCGUUGCUUUUGCCAUCAGAGCAAAACCUUGACCCUUCGUCUCUCACUCGUGUGGAUGUUGUCGGGUCCUGUUUGCAAGCUGGGCGGGCCUCUCCCCUCACACUCUGGGAAACGUGUUUACUUAAAGUACUAGUCCGGUAAAAUUUCUUCUAGUGAGAAGGUCAACAAAUGUCUGUGUAGCUUUUAUUAAAAGUCACUGUAGCGGCACCCGCUGCUGGCACGAGGUCUGCGGAUUCUGGCAGCAUUUUGUUGGCUGAGUUUCUGAAGGAUCUUGGAAGGUCAAGCUGCAUUUUUAAAAAAAAAAAAAACGAUUCCAGGUUCUGGUUUGCUUCUCUGGAUAGCUGGUAUUUACAGCUGCUUGGUGGUUAUGCUGUGUUGUGUUGUGGUCUGGGGGUCCUUUGGAGUUUCCAGGUUGUCCCCACCCUGUCCUACUUGGGAACCUCAUACCCGCCUUCCUCCACUGCUCUGGCUGCUGCACCCGCAGCCCCCACUGCCUGGGAGGGCUUUGUCCCUGCCUCUGAGCCAGUGGCCAGGAAGGUGGGGCGUGUCCGGGGAAACAGAGGCAUAGGCGUGCUCCCUACGAAGCAGGCCUGGGAAGUGGUUCUCUGCCUUCUUAUGUUACUAGGGGUACGUCGGACUGGAUCCAAAAUGUCCUUCCUCUGGGUCCUGUCUUACCUUCUCUAGAAAGCCCAUCCUAUGGCUUCUAGAGUAUACAUGACCAGCCCCGCUGAGGUCCUAGGGCUGAGGGGGAGGAGGAGAGCAGGGAGUGGGCAGUCUUAACCUCACCCCUGUAGACCGUGGGGCAGGCAGCGUGGGUUCCUGGAGGCUCCUUCCCCCAUAUUCUCCUGCAUCUGCUUGGCCCAAAACUUCCUUUCAUUGCUGCGCCCAGUCUUGGGGCUCAAAGAUUUGCUCAAGUCUCAUUGGUCCCUGUGACCAGACUAAUUCUGACGGUGCUCGUGCUGGUAUUUGAGGUGCUCUGCUUGUGAUCUGGACACAGGAGAGGUGUUUCCUGGACACCUCUCUGCUUCUGGGAACUGCCUGACUCAUGGGAGAAAUGAUAUUUGUCGGGCUCUGUAGGGUAUCCAUUUGCCUCCACUCAGUUGAUGCUUAAAAGCAGAGGCAGAAAGAGCUUGAGAGAGAAGAUCUUAGCUAGAGUUUCUAAUGAAGGGAAAAUGAUGAAUGAAUGAAAAAUGAAUGAAAAACAUUCUGUGGUUCAGCCUCGUUGGCAUCAUCUCCAUGUCCCAGCCUUCCGGGCCCCUUUUGACAUCUAAUCCAUCCAGAUCAUCAUCCAGCCGAGAAACCUCAGCCCCCGUGGGGAAGUAAGUCGGUGGAGAUCACACAACCAGUGAGUGGCAAAGCUGGGAUUAGAACCCACGACCCAGGGCCCUUUCGCCUGCUCCACCUACAUGGUCCCUUCAACAAGUGGCUGCAUUUGCCGGGGCCCUGAGUUUUGGAGGAGCCUUGCUGAUGCCUGGGCACUGGUUGGGAGCUGUCAGCAGUCAGGGUGGGGCCUCAGUCUCUGUUCUUUUCAUCAGGAGGGAUAGUCUCUCAGUUUUUCAGUGAGGGCCCUGGGGUGUUGGAUGCAGCUUGAGCAGAGAAAACCUGGAGGGCAAGAGAUUUUAGUGGGCUUUUCCGGGUAACGUCCAUUCUUCAACUGCCCUGUAGGGGUGGGGGCCAGGGCAGAGAUGGAGUUAACUAACGCUGUUUCCCCCCCUUAAGUUAAGGAAAAUGGUAGAAGAAAACUCUCCUAUUCUCCCCGACCCUUAAACAAAGGUGGUUAAUAAAAAUGUAGGCUCAUGUGACGAGGUGGGAUGAGAGCCACCGUCACUUCUUACCCUGGCCGUUUAAAGUGCCAAUGCAAACACUACCUUCUUCAUUUGAUUCUGAGUCAACAGAGACAGGUCAUCGUGGGGGAUAGUCAGGGGUCAAGUAGGUGGCUGGCAGGGAC